AGAUAUUUAAGUCGUGAUAUUCAUAAUUUUCCGACAAUAUUUCAAAUGCAAAGUACACUAGAUAUGGCGACUGGAGCCGAAUUUGAUGAAGAAGAGGAGCCUUUGUUUAGCGACACGGAUGACUUUGUGGACGAUAUCGAGGAUGAUGAGCUCUUGUCGGAUGUUCUCCGAGAGAAGCCGCUGGAGGCCGACGGCAUCGACUCCGUGGUAGUGGUGGACAACGUGCCCCAGGUUGGGCCGGAGAGGGUCGAGAAGCUGAAAAACGUCAUUCACAAAAUCUUCUCUAAAUUCGGCAAAAUUACAAACGAAUUUUAUCCAGAAGCAGAGGGUGCAACGAAAGGGUACAUUUUUCUAGAAUAUGCUACUCCGAACCACGCCCUGGAGGCUGUGAAGAACGCGGAUGGCUACAAGCUAGACAAACAACAUACGUUCAGAGUAAACCUCUUCACAGACUUCGACAAGUACAUGAACAUCAGUGAUGAGUGGGAGACUCCAGAAAAACAACCAUUUAAGGACUUUGGUAACAUGCGACAUUGGAUUGAGGAUCAGGAUUGUCGGGAUCAGUACAGUGUGAUCUACGAAUCGGGCGAGAGGACGGCCAUAUUCGCCAAUGAUGCUAAAGAACCAAUAGUGUCAGAGGAGAGAGCACGCUGGACGGAGACCUAUGUGCGCUGGUCACCCAAAGGCACGUACCUGGCCACCUUCCACCAGCGAGGCAUUGCAUUAUGGGGUGGUGAGAAGUUCAAGCAGAUCCAGAGGUUCAGUCACCAGGGAGUGUCCCUCAUUGACUUCUCCCCCUGCGAGAGGUAUGCGGUGACAUUCAGUCCUCUGAUGGACACGAAGGAGGACCCGCAGGCCAUCAUCAUCUGGGACAUCCUGACUGGACAGAAGAAGAGAGGCUUCCACUGCGAGAGCUCCGCCCACUGGCCCAUCUUCAAGUGGAGUCAGGAUGGGAAGUUCUUCGCUAGAAUGACCCAAGACACCCUCAGCAUCUACGAGACGCCGUCUAUGGGCCUGCUGGAUAAAAAGAGUCUAAAGAUCAAUGGAAUUAAGGAUUUCUCCUGGUCGCCGGGUGACAACAUCAUCGCGUUCUGGGUUCCGGAGGACAAGGACAUCCCGGCGCGCGUGACACUGAUGCAGCUGCCCUCCAGGCAGGAGAUCCGCGUCAGGAACCUCUUCAACGUGGUGGACUGCAAGCUGCACUGGCAACGCAACGGAGACUACCUGUGCGUCAAGGUGGACCGCACACCCAAAGGAACACAGGGCGUGGUCACAAAUUUUGAGAUCUUCCGCAUGAGAGAAAAGCAGGUGCCAGUAGACGUGGUAGAGAUGAAAGAGAGCAUCAUAGCGUUUGCGUGGGAGCCCAACGGCAGCAAGUUUGCCGUCCUUCAUGGAGAGUCUCCCCGGAUCAACGUCUCAUUCUACCACGUCAAGAACAAUGGCAAGAUCGAGCUCAUCAAGAUGUUUGACAAGCAGCAGGCUAACAGCAUCUUCUGGAGCCCCCAGGGACAGUUCAUGGUGCUGGCUGGACUGAGAAGUAUGAAUGGUGCUCUUGCGUUUGUGGACACGUCGGACUGUACCCUGAUGAACAUCGCUGAGCACUACAUGGCAUCAGACGUGGAGUGGGACCCCACCGGACGCUACGUGGUGACGUCCGUCUCCUGGUGGAGCCACAAGGUAGACAAUGCCUACUGGUUGUGGACUUUCCAAGGGCGUCUCCUACAGAAGAAUAACAAGGAUCGGUUCUGCCAGUUGCUGUGGAGACCGCGCCCACCCAGUCUACUAGGCAAUGAGACGAUAAAGACGAUAAAGAAGGACCUGAAGAAGUACUCUAAGAUUUUCGAGCAGAAGGAUCGACUCAGCCAGUCCAAGGCCUCCAAGGAGCUGGUGGACAAGCGACGGCUAAUGAUGGAGGAGUACCGGAGCUACCGGGAGCAGGCCAUGCAGACCUACACCGAGCAGAGGGAACUCCGGCUCCAGCUACGAGGAGGUGUGGCCACAGACGAGCUGGAUAGUAAUGUGGAAGACUGGGAGGAGGAAACCAUCGAGUUUUUCAUUAACGAAGAGAUCAUUCCUUUAGGAGACUUGGAGUAGGCCUAUUUGUAAAUUGCUUAAGCCAUCUAAGACACAUACCCUGUUACCUGGUGAAGGACAUGUUUUAAAGAAGAAGAAGAAGAAGAACAAGAACAAGAAGAAAGAACAAAAAUAAACUCUCCCUCAUUUUGGAGUAGGUUGUGUGGUUAAACACCCACGGCUGUAUUUGAAAUAAAUCUUUUAAAUUAA